UCUCCCAGUGUCUUGUGCUGAUCUCGAUGGCCUCUUCCACCAUGAAUCUCGCCAUUCUCCUCCUCUCUGUGUUCCUUGCUACAUCCUUCGCCCUUCCCAGCGACUUCUCCAUCGUUGGCUACUCUGAGGAGGACCUGAGCUCCCAUGACAAGCUGAUGGAGCUCUUCGAGUCAUGGAUGUCCAAGCACAGCAAAUCCUACGCAAGCUUCGAGGAGAAGCUGAGGAGGUUCGAGGUCUUCGAGGACAACCUGAAGCACAUCGACGAGACUAACAAGAAGGGCCGCAGCUACUGGCUCGGGCUCAACGAGUUUGGUGACAUGAGCCAUGAAGAGUUCAAGGCGAAGUAUCUGGGAGUGAGCACCGACGUGCCGAGAAGGAGAAGCUCCAGUCCCAGCUUCAGGUACGAGAAUGCUGCAGACCUGCCCGAGUCAGUGGACUGGAGAAAGAAGGGUGCAGUGACCCCGGUGAAGAACCAAGGUCGAUGCGGUAGCUGCUGGGCGUUCUCGACGGUGGCAGCUGUCGAGGGCAUAAACCAGAUCGUAACAGGGAACCUGACCUCGCUCUCCGAACAGCAGUUGAUCGAUUGCGACACCCAAAACAACGGCUGCAAUGGAGGGCUGAUGGAUUAUGCCUUCUCGUUCAUAGCCUCCACUGUUGGGCUGCACACCGAGGAUGACUACCCCUAUCUCAUGGAAGAAGGCACCUGCGAGGAGCAGAGGGCUGAUCUCGAGAUGGUCACCAUCAGUGGCUACGAGGAUGUGCCGGAGAACAGCGAGGAGAGCCUGUUGAAGGCGCUGGCAAACCAACCUGUAAGCGUCGCCAUUGAAGCUUCCGGCAGGAGCUUCCAGUUCUACAGUGGGGGAGUGUUCGAUGGGCCGUGCGGAAGUGAACUGGAUCAUGGGGUGGCAGCGGUGGGAUAUGGCUCAUCCGAGGGACAGGAUUACAUCAUCGUGAAGAACUCGUGGGGCCCGAGGUGGGGGGAGAGGGGUUACAUAAGGAUGAAGAGGAACACGGGGAAGCCCGAAGGCCUCUGUGGCAUCAACAUGAUGGCUUCUUACCCCACGAAAGAUGAUUGAGGGAUUGCCUUUGUUACAAUCCCACUGAAACAUUUAAUGUGUGAUUUCCUCUUCUGAUUUAUUGAUAAUAAAGAUGUAUAUAAUAUAUACUAAACUUUCACCACAAUUGGUCCCAUGGUCUAGUGGUUA